UGCUGACUUAUCUUUACCCUCUACUGGAAAAAAGUGAGACUACUUCCACGAAGUAUUAAAGAGAUGACAGAUAGUACCAACAUCAUCAUCACCCAAAAAACCACUGGCACGGCUCACCAGAAACAAAACCUCUGAGAAAAAAACUUAUAAUCUCCAAAUCAGAGCAAAACUGAGAAAAAUUGAACACAGAACCUUUCUCACCAGAGCCCAAAUAAACUGGGUAGAGCCAGAUAAAAACGUCUUUAAAAAAACAAAGCAAACCAGUUGCAACACCAGUUAAAACUUCCCCCUGUUGCCAAUUGUACGAGUCAGCUGGAGCUUGCCACUUUCAGAGAGAAGCUGCUGCUGCAGCUUUCUAAUAAAAGGACCUGCACGUUUCUCCUCCCCGUCUUCACCAGUGCUUUUGAGAACCAGCAGAACUUCUUAGCACAUAAAUGAACAGCUAAAACCCCUUUUCAAACGAUGGAUGCAACUUCGGCUGCUUUACCAAUCAUUGGGCCACACAAGGAAGAAUUCUGGAGUAACCAAACCAACCUGACCAUAAAUGCCUCAGAAAGUCACAAUCAUGCCAGCUGUUCCUUGGAUGACAACAACUCACUGUCACUUGCCUUGAUAGUUUUUUACUCCAUUAUUUUUGUUGUUGGAUUGGUUGGAAAUAUUGUAGCCCUGUUUGCUUUCCUGUGCAUUCAUCAGAAGAGGAAUUCUAUCCAAGUUUACUUGCUAAACGUGGCUGUUGCAGACCUUCUGCUCAUCUUCUGCCUUCCCUUCCGGAUCCUCUAUCAUGCCACCAACAGCUGGAUGUUUGGGCGGGCUUUUUGCAAGGUUGUGGGAACUCUGUUCUACAUGAACAUGUACAUUAGCAUAGUACUGCUGGGACUAAUUAGUCUGGAUCGUUAUAUAAAAAUAACGAAGUCUGUGAGGCGUCCAAGGAUGCUCACCACCACCCGGAGCGUGCAGAUCUGCGUCACGGUGUGGGCCAUUGCACUGGCAGGAUUUAUAGUGGUGGUUGCUCCAUCUUUCUUUAAGACUGAGAGCAGCAACUCUACCAAGUGCUUUCAUUACCGAAGCAAACAGAAUGCAGAAAAGACAGAAGCAAUUUUAAAUUGUAUCACUGUGCUGAUUUUUUGGAUUGUUUUUUUCCUUUUGAUACUUUCGUAUGUUAAAAUUGCCAAGAACCUUCUGAAAAUUUCGAGGAGAAGGGCAAAUUUUCCCAAUGCAGGAAAAUACACCAAGACAGCAAGAAAUUCCUUCAUUGUUCUCAUAAUUUUCACCAUCUGUUUUGUGCCUUAUCACAUGUUCAGGGUUGUCUACAUCACAUCACAGUUACAAUCCCCAUCCUGUUACUGGAUGCAGAUCAUUCACACGUGCAAUGAGGUGAUGCUCAUAUUUUCAUCAUUUAACAGCUGCCUAGACCCAGUCAUGUAUUUCCUAAUGUCCAGAAGUGUCCGUAAGACUGUAUUCCAACUGAUUUGCAGAAAACUUCAUGGAGAGAAAAGCCUAAACCUGGAGAGCACUUCAGAUAUAAAACUUGGCCAAUAUGCUCAAGAGCGAUUAUCCAGCACCACUCCUCACUCCAGCUACUCAAGGAAGAAGUCUGUGAUUUGAAUGUUUAAAUGGAUCUCUGUCAUUUCAGGUCACCAAUUUCAGAUCACAAAAUCCUCUGCUCUAGAGUUACUAAUUCUGCCUCUUUCCUCCUGUUAAGAAAAACGAGAAGUUGUACUUCUGGCUUGUGAAAAUGAGAAGUUACUUUUCAGAAGAAUUUUUUCGCUCUUGUUUAUCCAAGAAAACAAAUUAGGAAGUUCUCAGACUUUUUUGUGUUGGACUAAACUAGAACACUAACUCUUUAGGGAUAUUUCCACAAAGGGGUUUGAACCUGUAAAAGUAAACUUGUAUAUAUACAUUAAUAUUAGUAGCUUGUGUGUGUAAAUAAUAGAUGAAUUUUGCAAAAAGUAAAUUCUGUCCUAUUUGAAAGAUUUUUUGUAUUUUAGAUUUUUUUCUGUUUUAAUAGGUUUCCAAGAGAUCAGUAUUUUUACUACAUUUAUAAAUGCAUUUUAAAAGAAAAUAUUUGAGAAUUUAGUAACAUGUAUCUUAAAAAUGAGGUGAAGAAUACAACAUCAAUUCAGUUUUAAGUACAGAAGACACUCUUAGUUUUAUUAAGCAGCAAAAUUAAAAUAUUCAAUCCUACUAAGACAUUUGUUAUUUCCAACAGUUUAAUGAAUGUCAAGGUCAAACACCUGAGGAAAAGCAAGCAACGCCUUCGGAAAAUUCUAAAUAAAUGAAGGAGAGAUGAUGUGGGCAUUUCCUAAGAUUUCCUUCAAUGUGACAAAUUUGAUGACAGCACAAAGUAGUUCAGCAAGGAACAUCAACUCACAGAGCGGAGCAAAAGGAUCAGCCAGGCUCAGGCACUGCUCCUACAUUCCAAAGCCACACAUUCCAGCUGCAUGCUUCCUCCCUGGCAGGAGACUUUUCUUUCCACAUGAUUAAAAUAAUCUUGAUAAUUGCUGAUGCCAUGUAAACAGCAACGUAAUGACAACCUUUCAUAGCUACAGCUACAUUCUCAGAUACUAAACAGCUUUAUGUAUUUAGGCACACACAAAUUUCAGACUGAAACAUUUCUCAAAAACCAGAGAGCUGAAGGUGGAGAAUGUCUGGCACCAAGAUGACUAAAGCAGCACAACCAUGAAUAAAUUAAAUGUCUGGCAUAACAGACCAGAAAGGUGAAAGAUAUAGAGGCCAGACAUCAAGCUCUGUGAAAUAAGGAUUUAUUGUCUUUACACACACAAACAAUACUGCUCAAAUAAGUAGGUGUAAACAAGUUGGUUUUAAUAUGACUACCAGUAACUUUUAAAAUGCAUCAUGUGACUGUUAAUGCCAAAUCUGUGCCAAAAUGUGAGGGUUUUGACUAAUUUCAUACAAUAUUCUGAUUUUACAGAAGAUACUCAUAAUACUCUGAUUGAACAAAGUAAACAUAAGGCUUCACCUCAGCUAGAUAUAAACUUGGUUUAAUUUUGAUGUAAAUUCAUAUCAUUCAGAUUUGAUGGAACUGGAUAUAAACAUGUCAAAGAAAUUACAAUGACUAGCCAGUAAUUGUUUUGUUUUGUUCUGCCUUUUUUUUUUUUUAAUAAAAAAUUAGAGGGUUUCCUUAUCUUCAAAAGAAGGAUUCCUAAAAAUGUGUAAUUUCAUAAAAAUAUGAUGGUAAUUGACUUUUUCUUAAAUAUUGCAGCAUACAACAGAGGUGUUUGUACAAUAAUUUCUGAUUGAUUCUCACAGAAAUUGCAUUUCAGGAUCUUUUAUCUAUCAUUUUGCCAUCCUAUUCUAUUAAAGCUUCUUUUGUUUUGUA